AUGUCCCCCGUCCCGGCCGCAGCCGCCGCUAUCAAGGGCAAGCUGGGCGAUGUGCGCCAGUACUUGGCCGCCGGUGCGGGGAUGGAAGAUGGCCAGACCUCGGUAUUCCCUCACCACGCCGGGGAGGAAACGGACGGGGGUGUUGAGGACGACACCAUCGCUGCCGGGCCGUUCACGGCGGUGAAAGAGGUCGUGGCUCCUCUAGACCGGGCCAACGUCGACACAGACCGCAUCUUACCAAAGAAACUCUAUCGGGGGUCCCAAAACGGAGACCGGUGCCCGUUAGGGGACCUGCCGGAUCUGUGUACUGAUAUACCCCACUACCACCACCUACGACACAUUCUGUACAACCAUCCUCCGCCGCGGGCUGCGCGGCGGGUUGUUUUACAACCACCGUUGGCGUCCGGAUGGUCAUUGGACCACGCGUUUGUCCUCAACCGACAGCCUUACAACACCAACCGGUCCAAAGUUCUGCUCAGCACGGGCCCUAACUUUGGUUGCGGCAGCUCGCGUGAGCAUGCCGUGUGGGCGCUGCUGGACUUUGGUAUCAAGGUUGUUUUUGCCUCGUCGUUUGGCGACAUUUUAUACGGGAAUUCCUUCAAGAACGGGCUCCUGCCGGCCGUUAUGGACCAAAAGGACAUCCCUGUCCUGCUCACGGAGGCGGAGGCAGGUCGGGAGAUCGAGGUUGUCUAA